AGUGUAUUUUCGUGAUAACGUCCAAAAAGUCAGUCAUGGGAAAAUACUACCAAUGAAUUGAAUUUAGCAUUACUUCUUGACUGAAGGUUGCUAACAAUACAAAUGUGUCCAUAAGAAGAAUGAAGAUUGAUAGCAAUUCACUGUCAACAUCAGAAUUUAAUAAAAUGGCUUGGAACGAAAAUGGUUUCGAAAACAAGUUGAAUGACAGUAAAGCUGGGAAUAAUUGCGCAUUUUUACUUGAUUGCCAUUCAACUCAAAAUGAUAAAGUCAGCGCAUAUGAAGGUGAUGGAUGUAAACCGAAAAUUAAUUUUACUGCAGUGAAUUGUAUGACCCCAUCAGCUGUUGCUUUAAGUAAAAAAGCAAUCAAAUCAACAUUUAUACUAAAAGAUACACGAAGUCAUCAUUUAGGCAGAAAGUCAGUCGUUAAACAAAAUGGUACUGUGGAAAUUUCUCGGAAUACAAGUCCAAAGAAAAAACAAUCAACUCAAGAAGUUGAAUUAAUAGGUGAUUCUGUUAACACAAUGAAUAAUAAAUGUAAUGAUAAAAAUAAGGAUAUUUCAUUAAAAUUGAAUACUUUUCAUGUGUUAGAUGAUAAUCAGGUUAAAAAUCUAAUCCAUGUGAACGGUGUUGAAGUGGUGGAUAAACUUUCUAUUGAAAAUGUAAAUAAUACACCAAAACAAGUACCAGUCCAGUUGAAUAAAACUUCCGUUAAACAAAUCAACCCCAAGAAGGAUUCAACAUCAUAUCGUUCAGAUAAUAAUACAUCUAUCAAUAUCGAUAGAAAAAUAAAAAUUGAUGAUAAUAAACAUAUCAAAAAAGAUGCUACUUUAAGACCAAAUUCUUUAGUACUUCCAAAUCCAUCAAAAGCAGUAGAUUUCCUACUUCCCAAUAAAUGUAUUCAACCGAGUGAAUCUAAAGCUGAGUCUGUUGAUCAUGGUAUGAAACUGAAAAAUAAAAAAAGAGGCGGGAAAACUUUGUCAGCAUCAUGGAAACCAAUUAUGCCUCAUAAUGAAGAGAAGGAUAAACAACCGCUUAAUCGAAAAGAGAGAAUAGAUUCUAUGCAUGAAAAAGGAUAUGGUAGAAUUUCUUCCUACAGAACCUAUGAAAGCUGGGCGAGGGAACAUAUGCAACUGUAUACAAAGGCUACAGUCUUUUAUCUAAACAGCCAGUGGCACUGAAACGUAUACGUAUGAGAAAAUCUGAAGGUGCCCCGUGUACAGCUAUACGCGAAAUCAGUUUAUUACGGGGACUUAAUCAUGCAAAUAUUAUAAAACUACACGAUGUUAUCUACGAGGCUGAAUCAUUGACAUUGGUAUUCGAGUUUGGAGGCAAAGAUCUUAGAAGCUAUAUGCGAUUGCGUAACAAUCACUUAUCAAUGAAUUUAGUUCGACUAUUCACCUUUCAAAUAUUUCGUGGACUUGAAUACUGUCAUGCACGACAAAUUCUACAUCGUGAUUUAAAACCACAGAAUUUACUUAUCAAUCAAAAUGGAGAUUUAAAACUGGCUGAUUUCGGUAAGAAUUUAUGCACUAUUCACAAUCUGUAUGAUUAAUAAUAUGCAGACCUUCAGUUAACUGUAUUUAAUCAACAACAGUUCAUUUGCCAGUUAAUAAGUUUCAAGGAAUUAAUUAUAUUUAGUUAAUUUAAUUUACCUAUUUCCCUUUGAUUGAAUAUAUUGGACCGAAAUGUUUGCUCACUGUUGAAAUAUCAGCUUCUAGUACCAAUGCUUCUGUGUUAACUUAGGAUUAACAUGAAGGAAUGCGAUGGAUGGUGACUAACAGUGGAACUUAAGAUACUCAUUUCCUCCUAUUCAGGACUCGUCAUCAGGAUGUACCUAUAUUCCCAAUGAAUAAUGAUGUUCCUAGUGAGACGGAAGUCACAUGUUAAUCCCCAGACAACCUCGAAGCAUCAGUAUUAGAAGCCAGUAUGCCAACAGAGACCGAACAUUCCGAUCAAAUACAAAAAUCAAGUUAAACUGUAAAAACAGAAGACAAGGCCCAGGCAACAGAUCGUUUAUUAAGCAAAUCAACACAUAUUUAUAUAUUUUCAUGUACAUUAUUAUAGAUUAUUUAAGCAAACAAACACAGUCUUCUGAUUGGUUGUUUCUCACUGAAAGUUAACCUUGCAUCUCUUUGUAGCUGUUUCUUGAAUGUCAGAUCAUGUAUAUGUUAACUAUAUCCGCCUACGCAAAGUGUGCUUUGGUUGGUUGUUGAACCAAUCUUUGUUCAUAUUUUCUCACAACCAAAAUUUGGGACAUAAACAUUGGCGUAAAUUAAUGUCUACCAAUUUGGCUAGCAGCCUGCUCUUACCACAGAACAAAUCAAACUUAUCCCGGUUACACAAAAUGUGCUCGUCGUGGUCCAAGUGGCCUCGUGAGUAAAUCUGUGGCUCUAGAAACUAUGGGUACUGGGUUUGAGUCCCAGUGAGAACAGUACCACUCACCAGAUAUCCAGGUACACUCAGACGGCGAGUUCAGGUUAGAACGAAAUGUGCAUUCUGGAUUUCACAGCUAGUCACUAGCAUCCACCAAACAGCAGAAAUCAUCAAAUGCUGAAAUAAUGCAGCAGGCUUGUAACUCAACUUCUCAACAGUUCAAGCUGCUUCACAAUGUAUCUACAAACGAUAG